AGAGUACACAGGAAGUAUUUGUAGCGAGCGUGGUACACUGACGAGUUUGUUACUGAUAUAAUCAGUCAGAAACCACAGCAGGAUGAUGUGUAGUUGGAGUUGGACUACUGUCAUUUGUGUUUUGUUGUUUUCCCAUAGUUGUAUAGGAGGAGCGCCGACAGCUGCGUCAACUGUUUAUAUUCGUUUUGGAGAAACAGCAACUCUGGCUUGGAAUUUGCAUGGGUCUGGAAACAAAGACUUUUUUGUUAGAAACGAUUUUUGGAAGGAAACGGUGUUUCACAUAACGAACUUUAACGAAUUCAACAUUGCCAAUGAGAAACUGAAAUCAAGGCUGGAAUUCACUGGAAAUAUAAAUUCCUCAGGAGCUGGUCUCUUCAGCUUCGUGCUCAGUAGAGCUGACGACCAUGACUUUGGUCAGUACAGCUGCUAUCUUGGUUCACCACAACGUCCAGGAACAAAGAUUCCCAACUGUGGGCAACAGCUAGUAGUGAUACGAGUUCAAGAACCUUAUAUCGAGGGCCCGGAAAAGGUAUCCUUUGGCAGUUCUGUUGAUCUGACAUGCAACUCCUUUCUGAAAAGUUACCCAAAUUGGAACCUGUCCAUGAACUUUGUCUGGAUGAAGAACGGAACGAGUGUAGAGAAUGGAGGCAGGCAUCAGUUGGCGUCUGGUAGCAGGGUAUGGAGAGGCGGGCGAUACAUGAACAACACUCUGACUAUCAGUGGCGUGACAAGGAAGGACAGAGCACACAGAUACACUUGUCAGACAGUGGUUGGGGACAAUAUACUCACAGACCACAGUGUGGACUAUGUCCUUAGCGUAGAAUAUGUGCCUGAGUCUCCUCAUAACACGGAAGUGCACGAGGGAGACACUGUGUUGCUUUCCAUGAGGACACCCCAACAUCAGUCAAGAAUAUACCUGCAAGACCCUAAUGAUAUAAAUGUGUUUGAAAUGGACUCUGCUGAAGUCUACAUAUGGGAAACCUACUGGACCAGGAUCAAGAUCGUGCAAGUCAUCACAUCAUCGGAUAAUGUCACUGUACAGUUCCAACUCUCUGACGUCACAUCAGCUGAUGCUGGGAGGUACCACUGUAGCCUGGAGAAGGGCGGACAUGCAGACUGUGACUGGGAACACGUGCUGGUUGUUUUCAAUAACUCUGUGACUGGGUCGGCUUCACCAUCUGUCGCAACAUCUACUACAGAUAACUCUGUGACUGGGUCGGCUUCACCAUCUGUCGCAACAUCUACUACAGAUAACUCUGUGACUGGGUCGGCUUCACCAUCUGUCGCAACAUCUACUACAGAUGACUCUGUGACUGGGUCGGCUUCACCAUCUGUCGCAACAUCUACUACAGGUAAAGUAUAUGCAUCGGAAUGGGUAAACACGUUAAGUCAACAGUAUGCAAAUAUUUUGGUGAAAGGUGGAGGAAACAGGAAAAUAUUCAGAAUUGUUGUCAUUAUUAUUUUGAUAAACAUCACAUAUAUUUUAGAUGACACUGUGACUGUACCGGUUUCAGAAGUUGAUGAAACCUCAACUGUAGAGGAAACAGCAGAAACUAAAACAGAGACGAUAACCCGAGACAAGUCGCAUGACUAUUCCCUCUCGAUGUACAUUUCCUAA